AUGGCCAACUCCUUACCAACCCUCGUCUUAAUCCCCGGCGCAUGGCACCGCCCCACAUGCUACGACAAGAUGGCCAAGGUCCUCCGCGAGAAGCACAAGCUCCGCUGCGUCGCCGUCACCUUACCCUCCGCGUCCGAUAACCCAGAAGCCACCUUCAAAGACGACAUCGACGCCGCGCGCGAGGCCGUGUCCAGCGAGGUGAGCCAGGGCCGUGACGUCGUCGUCGUCGCCCACUCGUACGGCGGCAUGGUGGGCAACAGCGUCAUCAAGGGGUUCGCGCGGCCCAAGAGCAGCCAACCUAGCAACGACAACGCUGCCGCUGUCACGGACGCUUCCGAAGGACAAGAGAAUAGCCCAACCGCCAAAACGACACCGGGCCACGUCAUCGGCAUCGUCCUCAUCGCCUCAGGCUUCACCCUCACCGGCGUCGCCUUCAUGGACCCCUUUUUCGGCCACCCGCCCCCAGCCUGGCGCGUCAACGCCGCCACCGGCUUCGCCGAGCUCGCCCAGCCCGCGCGCGAGCUCUUCUACCACGACGUCGAACCCCGCGAAGAGGCCGACUUUUGGGUCUCCCAGCUGCGCGCCCACAGCCUCAAGUCUCUCUUCGAGGGCGGCGAGCACGCCUACGCCGGCUGGCUCGACCGCAUGCAGAUCGGCAUGGCCCGCGUCCUCGGCGGCGACGUCGUGCACCGGGAGAUGCGCACGAGCCACUCUCCUUUCUUGAGCAGGCCGACCGAGACCGCCGCGCUCGUCGCGGAGGCCGUCGAGGCUUUCUCCCGUCAGGUUGUCGAGGGUUUGCCGGCUGGCACGGCGGACGGUCAGCCGAGGCCGGUGCGCGAGACGGCCGUGCUGGCGCCCUUGGCUGAGCCGAGGCUCUGGCAGCCCCUGACGUGGCUCCGGUUCGGGCUGCCCCUUACCUUUGGUCGCUUCGUGGGGAGCCGCUUCCCUCCGGAUCCCUACUCUUGA